AUGGACAGUGACAGCGACAGCAGCAUAUCUGAUGUGCUCGACCGUCGCGAGGAUGAGGGCUGGGAAGACCUUGAAGACGACACGGAGACCGUCACUGUGGUGUCACUAUUCGACAAGGAAACCUUUACAUCCGCCAAGGACAUGCUGUUGUCUUGUAAAGAGAACCAUAAUUUCGACAUCUGGAAGAUCAAGUCUGACUUAGGCCUUGACUUUCUGGAACUUAUCAAACUCGUCAACUACAUCAGAUCCGAGGUUGCUAGUGGGGACGCUCAGCCCAGCACCUCUGACAAAUCCCUCUUCGCGGACGACAAGUAUCUGCAGCCUGUAUUGGAGGAUGACGCGGUGUUGUACAGUCUCGACGAUGUAUUUGAGGAAGGCCCGCUGGAUUCUGCUACCAACGAGGUUGAUCAACUUCGUGACCAGCUUGCGCAGCUCACUAGCCAGUUCCAAGCAUAUCGCGAGGAGGUUCAAAGAUCACUUCUGGAGGAUAUCGACGCGAAACCAGUUCGGAGUACAGCAACAGCCUUGCCAGGACCAUCAGCAUCCCAACCAGGUCUCUCGGCUGUCGAUGCAGGCUACUUUGAGUCUUACUCAUUCAACUCGAUCCACGAGCUUAUGAUAAAAGACUCUACGCGGACAGACGCUUACAGGGACUUCAUCUACGACAACAAACACCUUUUCGCUGAUAAGGUUGUUCUUGAUGUCGGCUGUGGUACAGGUAUCCUGUCCAUGUUCUGCGCAAAAGCUGGUGCACGUCGGGUCAUCGCUGUAGACAACUCGGAGAUCAUCCACAAGGCACGCGAGAACGUCUUCCGAAAUAAGCUCGACAAUGUGAUCACCUGCGUGCGUGGCAAAAUCGAGGAAGUCAUUCUCCCAGUCCAACAAGUCGACAUCAUUGUCUCAGAGUGGAUGGGGUACUGCUUGCUGUACGAAACAAUGCUGGACUCGGUACUCUUUGCAAGAGACAAGUAUCUCAAUCCUGACACAGGACUGAUGGUACCGUCACACGCAGUGAUCAAGAUCGCACCCCUGGGAGACUCUGAUCUACGCAACUCACAUAUCGACUUCUGGCGCGAUGUGUACGGGUUUGACAUGACGGCGAUGCUAGAGAAAGCUCAUGAAGAGGCGCUCAUUCGAACACUACAAGCAGAGGAACUCGGUGGACAAGCAACAACGGUGUUGGAGCUCGACCUUCACACUGCCACCGUGGCCGAUCUCUCCUUCACGAAAAACUUCAGUCUCAAAUGGAACCCAUCUGCUGCAAAAGAUGGCGGCUGUUCCACCUCAGCGUCAAAGUCUGGCGCAAAAGUCACUAUCAACGGCACUGAAGGCAAGCUUACCGGUGAUCCCGCAGGUGUGGACAACAACAGCAGUCCUCAGCCCAACAUCGAUACCCACACUCAUCUGGAGGGCUUCGUGUUGUGGUUCGACACUCCCUUCGCCACUUCACGCCAAUCUGGCCUGCCUGUCUCUUCGAAAUGGCUUACUCUCUCGACUGGACCGUAUACGACCCCAACACAUUGGCAACAAGGCGUUCUACUCAUUGACGACAAUCACCACAAAACCGACCUACUUGCACUUGAUGAGGGAGAUGAGGUGACAGGGACAAUCAGCUACCGCAAGCAAAAGGAAGAGGGAAGUCGGGGCCUGGACAUCGAGGUCUCGUGGUCCAAAGCCGGCUCAGUCGAAGACAAGCCGAAUGGGGAGCAGUCGAGCGCAGAUGCGACUGUUCACGGCGCGAAGGACAAGAAGGACGCUUCUGGGCGCCAGAUCUGGUCUCUCGAGUAG